AGCCUUCGGAGCUUUGUGUAUUUUACUGUGAUAUUUCUUCCCGUUUCUCCGGAAUUGGACCUCUUUGAUGAACAGAAUGACGAAGAAGAACCCCAAAACUUAGUAUUAUCAGCGGUGCCAGCUCAGGUAUGUGGAUGUAGCUGCCACAGAAGUCAGGUGUCUUACUGCAGUUGUACCUGUAGCCAGGUUUUAGUGGUGGGUCAUUAACACAAUCAAGCUGGAUCGUGAGGCUACCUCCGCGCCCGACCAUUCUGGGAGAAUGGCGGUGACGCGUGUCCCAACACCACCACCACCAGAAAUGUCCUGUCCUGUGGCAGAAAACUGGUGCUACACACAAGUAAAGGUGGUGAAAUUCUCCUAUAUCUGGACAAUUAAUAAUUUUAGUUUUUGUCGAGAAGAAAUGGGAGAGGUAUUAAAAAGUUCAACAUUCUCAGCUGGGGCCAAUGACAAGCUUAAAUGGUGUCUGCGAGUGAAUCCCAAAGGCCUGGAUGAGGAAAGCAAGGACUACCUAUCUCUUUAUUUGUUAUUAGUAUCAUGUAAUAAAAGUGAAGUACGGGCAAAGUUUAAGUUCUCAAUACUUAAUGCUAAACGUGAAGAAACAAAAGCCAUGGAGAGUCAACGUGCGUACCGGUUUGUUCAAGGCAAAGACUGGGGAUUUAAAAAAUUCAUCAGGCGAGAUUUUUUAAUGGAUGAAACUAAUGGUUUACUGCCUGAUGAUAAGCUUACGAUAUUCUGUGAAGUGUCUGUCGUAGGAGACACUGUCAACGUGUCUGGCCAGUCCAAUUGUACUCCUGUCAAAGUGCCCGAGUGUCGACUCAGUGAUGACCUUGGCAAUCUAUUCGAGAGGUCAUCAUUCAGUGAUGUAACACUGUGUGUAGGAGGCAGAGAAUUCCAAGCACACAAGGCAUUAUUAGCUGCUCGGUCCCUAGUUUUCCAUGCAAUGUUUGAACAUGAAAUGGAAGAACGGAAACAAAACAGAGUAGAAAUAACAGAUGUGGAUCAUGAAGUGAUGAGAGAGAUGCUACGGUUUGUGUAUACAGGCAAGGCACCAAAUCUAGACAAAAUGGCAGAUGACCUUCUUGCAGCUGCUGACAAAUAUGCCCUGGACCGGUUAAAAGUUAUGUGUGAAGAAGCUUUGUGUUCAAAUCUAAUUAUAGACAAUGUAUGUGAAGUGUUAGUCCUGGCAGAUCUGCAUAGUGCAGACCAGCUGAAGACACAUGCUAUUGACUUCAUUAAUAGUCAUGCAACAGAUGUGAUGGAGACGGCAGGCUGGAAGACACUUAUAGAGAGCCACCCUCACCUUAUAGCUGAUGCUUUCCGUGCUCUGGCAAGUCAACAAAGUCCACCACUCGGACCUCCACGCAAACGAGUCAAGACUUCAUAGUGAUAAUAUCUGGGUAGGACAUGAAUGCAACUGACAUUAAUUUAGGUUCUUGUCUCUACACUCUGGAUAAGUUAGUACAUCAAUGAAAAUGACACCUACAGAAUCCUGUCUCUACACUACGAACUGGGUAGGACACAAUUGAUGACAUUGACAUUGUUUAAAUCCCUGUCUGUAGUUGUGAUGUGAACUGUUGCACAGAGCAGAUUGAAAAUACUGUGUGUGGCUGUCCAGCAUGUGGACUCGUGCAUUUGGAUAUUAGAAAUGUGCUAGUCUGAUGCAUUAUGUAUUCAUCAAAAACAAGAAAAAAAUUUACAUUUACCAUGGAAAUUUUUUGUGCUUUCAUAAGUUAUAAAAAAAAAAGUGAAGUUUGCAACCCCCUUUUUACUCAACAACUGAUAUGUCACUCCACAUGUAUGGAUGUGAUGAAGAUACAUUGCAUGGACCAGAUGUGUAAAAGAAUCAUGACUGCAUUUUACUUGACUAGGUUAAAAUGGUUCCGUGUGGUCAAUUUUAAUUUAUGGACAAUUUAAAGAAUAUUUAUAUUUGAUUUGUGUAGAGAAGUAUAUUUGAACCAGUUCAGAUCAGAAAUUAAAUUAACUAUAGUAAUUUCUAGUAAUUGUAUCAGUCUAUCUGGUAUGUAUUAAAAUAAACGUUUUAUCUGUUCUCAAACACAGGUCAAGCAUGACCCUUUAUUUAUUGUCAAUAUUAAUAUUUUUUUGUAAAUUCUUACGAUUAUAAUGAUUAUAAUAUGAUGAUUUGUAUGAAAAGAUUGGCAUUGAUAAAAGUUGUUUUGAAAAUGUGUUAAUAUAUUUCCAUAAAAUCAUUUAAACUUUUCAGCUCAUCUUCUGGUAAUGGUUGGUUAAUUAAAGCGCCUUGUCCAGCAUCUGGCAAUUCUAGUCUGUCCAUCCUUAAACAAUAUCUGGAGAUACACAAGAUAAAUCGUUCUCAAAUUUCAUACGUAGGUGCACCUUGGUCCCAAGUUGUUCAUUUUGGGACCGAUCAGGGGGAGACUGACAACCAUUGUUGAUUUUGAUGUAGUUUGUUAUCAUUUUAGGCGAAGUGUUGGAUGGAUCAUUCUCAUUUUCAUUUGUUGGUUUAUCAUAGUUUUGCAUAUUCAAUUUUAGGCUUGAUCGAAAAAAAAAAAAAGGAUGGCUGACAUAAGACCAUCUUAUUGACAUUGAAAAUUCAUUAAUACUAUUUCUUGAGAAGUAUUAGAUGGAUCUUUCCCUGAUUUCAUAUGGUAAUGCCCCAUGGUCCCUAGUUGUGUUUUGCCAUUUUGAUUUUUUGACGGAUCAGAAAAACAAAAUGGCCGACAGAUAACCAUCAGAAAUUUGUUAAAGAUUGGUAUCACUAUUUCUUAAAAGGAAUUUUCAAAUUUCCUAUAAUUAAAAGAAAGAACAGAGGAAAGAAUAGAAAAGUGAGGAAAAGACCAAACAUUUAAAGAAAUCAAGAUCAAACAAUGAUGGGUGUCACGAUCCCUUUGGGAACUCAUAUUUGAAUGUUUAGGUUGUACUGUUAUCAGAGAAAACCAUUACUUGUUCUAGUGCGAAAUAUGCUAUAUCUUGUUCCUAGCUCUUGAACAUAAUUUCAUAAUUUUUGUAGGAAAGAAACAAAUGGAAUAUAAAAGAAAUUGCUUUGGGCGGGAGUAAAAUAUGCAUUGAUAUUGUUUUGGCAUUCAAAUAGUUAAGGAAUUUGAAGUGUUUGCAAUGUAAUUUGAUCUGAACUGUUUUAAAUUUACUUCUGAAGUCUAUAGAAGUCUUAUGCUCUGUAUCUUUUCUAGUACAGUGUAUUUGUGAAAGGAAAUAGUAAAGUAAUUAUUAAUAUACCUUAUUUAUGCAGCAAUGAGCUCAUGCUUUGUAAUGACUCACCCUUUUAUAUUUUACAUCAGCUGAAGUGACAACAAAUGAUUUAUGCUGCUCUGCUAUCAGUGAAAUAAUAUCCCAAUGCAGAAAUUUCUGUAAUGACAAAUGUAACAUGUCUGAGCGGAGAUGUGAUUGACUGAAGGUCAUGUCACAUGCUUCGUGACAUCCCAAAAAAAGAAGAGAAAAAGAGUGAGAGUAUGGCCAGUUCAGAUUUUGAAUUGGUUCAGUAAUAUGCUAUUUUCACAUAUGUUUGUAAAAGUGUUGUGUCAAACAAACUCAUACAUUCAUUUCUAUUUCAUUUGAUUGAUGAAACUCUUUCAUAAAUGCAACACUAGUGAGUGGGUGAAAUGAAUCAUACUAAGACAUGUUUCAUGAAUCUCGUAUGAAUGGAAACUCAUGAAAGAUCCUUUAACAGCCCACCUUCCUACAUUGAGUCUGAGGCUGGGUGAGCUUAUUUCAGCAUAAAUAUGGUAAUGCCAACCUUUUCUGUAAAUUGAAAUUAGUAUAUUGUAUCAUAAAAAUUAAGUUGUUGAUACACAGAAGAAGUAUACAAGUUUUGAUUGUCAUUUAUAUGUAUUAUUUAUUGAAUGAUAUCCUGGGCAGGUGCUUGGGUCAAAGCAGAUCUUGGUGACAGGGCACAGAACUUUUGACCGUUUUUGGUACAUGUAUUGAACUGAUCUGAAACAAAAUUUUUUGUCACAUUGUCCAAAAUAGUAAUCAUUUAUUGUACGAAAACAUAGAUGAAUUCCAUUUCCUUUUAGAGAGAGAGGGAGAGAAAUUGCAUAUUUUAUUCUUCAAAAAUUUAUUCAAUGAAAAUACAAUUAUAGCAUGAAAUAGCUUUUCUUUAUUUUGUGUCUAGUUCAUAGGCUACCAUGUGACAUCUUGUGUAGGUUUUAAUGUUACAUUGAAAACAUUUUUGGAGUUUCUUGCCUAACAAUUUUAAUCUUCAUAAAUUCAGUGUAUUGUAAAGUAAGUAAUUUAGAUGAAUGAUUUGUUAUCAUUUUGUAAUGAUAUUAAUGUUUGAGUGUAUGCUUACCUCCAUUUCUGUAAAAAGCCAAACAAAAACUAUUGUCUUUCUAGCAACAUAGUCAGCACAAGCUGUACACUGAUGUAAUGCAUGCACAAGGAAAACAUUCAAUAUUUCUAAAAUUUUGAAAAAGAUAUCUUUCCAUUGUGUACUAGUGCUGAAUUUCAAUUUAUAUUUGCAUGAACAAUGCAUGUGCUUUGCCUUGUUAUGAAAUAUAAUGAAGUCUUAUUUUUGCUUAAUAUUUAUAUGACGUGACAAGUGUGUAUGCAGAAAAGAAUACUCUUUUUAAGUGGGAAAUUGUUCAAUGUGGUUAGAGUUAUCUUUCUUGGGUCUUAUUGUAUGUAUGAUAUAAAGACAAACCCCCUCCAUCACAUUUACAUCCACUCCAUUCUCCCUUACACAUUCAUUUUAUAGAAGUAGAACUUGAGAAGAAAAGCCAGCUGAAAUGUCAUAAAUGUUAUCACUACUUUCCCAUCAGACUUGAUCAUUUUAAGUGGUCCAAGACAAUUUUCCAUGUAUUUAAAACUGAAAAAAAUCUUCCCUUAUGGUUGUUUAAAGACUCAUCCUGUAAGAAAAAGUGUAUAAAGCCAUGUCAGUAGAAAAUGUACACAGUCAGCAAAAUUAUGUAAAGACAAAGUAGCGAUUACACAUAUUUGUAUGAGUGUUCUGUAUUGUAUAAAGUUCUUUGUCAGUUGAUUAUGAUUAAUUUACCUUUUCUUUAAGAAUGUUAAACCAUGGCACUUGCUUAUGAUCAAUUAACUAUCCAAAUGUACAUGUGAUUAAUUCCUUGAUCAGUGACAGUAUCAGUUUCAUGCAAGGUACAAAAAGUCAAAGACCAAGAGUCAUUGAUGCAUUUAAUAAAAGUGAUGAAUAGAAAAAAAACAUUAAUGGCAUACAGAAAGAAUUGUUAUCAUGCACAUUAUCAAUUUAUAAUUUCAUACGGCUGCACAAAGUGCUGAAAUACAAUAUGAUUUUGUCAUACUUUACUACCUUGUGCAGGCAUGUUAUUUGGUUAAAUGCUCAACACGUUCUGCAUCUGUAUCAAUCUUUUAAAGUUCCAUCCUCCAUUUGAUUUUUUUAAGUAAUUGUUGUCAGAAGCAAUGAGUAUGAACUUAAACAAACAUUUGAACAAAAUUAAAUGUUGAGCUCUACAAAUGGUCACCCUAAAAUUCUGGUACACCCAGUCUCAUUAUAUUCUAGUUAACAUUGAAAAUAUUCUCAAAUACAACCAUGAGUAUUUGGUGCAAUGCAUCUUGAUUUUUUAAUUGUGAUUAGAGAUACAUAUAAACAAGUUAGUUUUGUUUUCUUGGUGCAGAAGUGUUUUCUAUUUAACUAAUGGUACUUGUUGCAUAUAUGAAUGAUGCAAUUAAUUUAUUUCAUGAAAUAUUGUGGUAUUAGUUAAGUACUAGUAUCAUUCCUUGUCAAGUUUUUUUUUAUCUGAUCAUUGUUGUGUAAAUAAAUCAGUGAUAUCAAAGCAA